UUCCCGUGCUGCCAUUUGAAGCGUCAAUCCCUCCGAGAGCGGAGACGUCGGAAGAAGCAUGUAGCGACGCGCGGAGGCGAGCGGGAGCUGGUGCUGAACUGAUGGGAAAUCUGCUGGGCAGCUGGCGCUUGAAGGAGCCGAGCACCGUGGAGGAAUGCGACUCGACGUGGGGAUCGGACUCGGAGGGCGAGGAGCAGGACGAUGACAGCCCGGCGGAGAGCGAGCGGGCCGCGGGGGAGCCCGGCGAGCACAGCCCGGAGCUGACUGACUCUCCUGAGUUGGUCCCCAAGCUGAAGAGAAGCUUCUACGCCGCCCGGGACCUCUACAAAUACCGUCACAGCUACCCGAACUUCAAGAAGUCACGGCAACCGAAUGAGUACAGGAACCUGCGCUUCUACCUGAACAAGAUUCCUCUGGUGCCGGACGGAAUCUACAUCGAGGAGAUUCUGACAAAAUGGCGAGGAGACUAUGACAAACUGGAGCACAAUCACACCUACAUCCAGUGGCUGUUCCCACUGAGAGAACAAGGGCUCAACUUCUACGCACACGAACUGACUCAGGACGAGAUCAAAGAAUUCCAGAACACUCGGGAAGCCAAGCGCAGAUUCCUGGCUGCCUACUCCAUCAUGUUGGACUUCUACGGCGUCAAGCUGCUGGAUAAGAACGGGAACGUCGCUCGGGCUUCCAACUGGAAACAGCGAUUCCAGCACCUCAACGAGUCUCAGCACAACUAUCUCAGGAUCACCCGGAUCCUAAAGUCUCUGGGCGAGCUUGGGUAUGAGGCCUUCAAGGCUCCGCUGGUCCGCUUCUUCCUGGAGGAGUCUCUGUGCCACAGCACCAUCCCCAACAUGCAGCACAGCAUCCUGGAGUACUACGUCUACACCAUCCGGCUGCCGGCCGCACGUCGGCGCUUGCUCCGCUUCGCCCGCCAGCACUACAGACCCGCCCACGCCUUCCUCUGGGGACCGCCGUCCAAGAGGUCCAAAGGAGGGAGCGUCGGCGCCGGGAGCAGCGGGAUACGCGCUCCUGCACCGACGCCGGAGGAGCAGAGGAAGCUGGAGGAGAGAGCCACGUCGCCUUCUGCCUACGUCUUCACGUCUUCCCAUGACAGUCUGACCUGCCAGGGUGUGAGUCGGGGGCAGCUGAGGGGCUGCACGCCGCUGGACACCAUACUGGUGGGCGGGGCGCGAGGAGACUGCAGUGAGGCGGUCCCUCUGUAGACCACAGCAUACAAGCAAUCUUUCAGUCUUGAGUGAAUCUCAGGUUGGUGAGGACAUGAAUCGUCUCAGCUAGGGAUGCUCCGAUCGAUCGGGAUCGACCGAUUUCAGUGUGAAUGCCGAUCACAAGAACUGAUCACAUGUGACAGACGGCGCUCUGAUGAAGCCUUGCUGGUUGUGAUGCGUCCACACCUCCCUACUCGCUGCUCACUCAGCAGCAGGAUAGAAACAACUAUAUAACCAAGUAAUAACUAUCAAUACCUAGCUAGAUGAGCAUGUAAAUAUUUCAGGAACAUAGCAAGAUUCACCAAACUGCAACGUCUCACAUCGAAUUUAGUGUUUUUCUGUUGUCCUUUUGACAGAAUAGUUGUUGCAUUCUGCAAGGUUUUUCUAUUAUUUGCCUCCUUGAAGAGGUAUAUAAAAAUGCGUCUGAAGUGAAGUGAUUUUAUGGUUCAUUUUUUCACAUCGCAUACACAGCAGGGCUCAGUAUUUUGGUUAGUAAUUCAUUGUCAAUCCAUGUGAUGUGUAUCGGUGAUCGGCAGGACGAAUCCUGAUCGGAGCAUCCCUAGUCUCAACACGUUGGAUUCAAGUCAAGGGCUUCUCAGUUUUUGUAAUUAUUUAUAGCCAGAGAAUGUGAAACAGGAUCCUGAGCCGAUGAGUCUCUGAGCCACUGAGGUGGCCGUCACUCCUUCAUCAGGGCGGUGAACACAUGAAUCCGCGAGUGAUAAGGUUCUUAGCAGCAAUAUUUCCGUCGUCCGUGUACGACUUUGUAGUUCAACAGCAGGCACUGCUUUAUCAACAACAAUCAGCCAUAAGAUUAUGACCUGCUGGAGUUUAGGCCUGCAUGUACUGCAGUGGUCAGUAGCUAUCGAAGUUGGAUCAGUGAGAGAAUGGUCGCUUCAGCUCCAGUCGAUUCAAGUGCGGGAGUACUUUAGCGGUUAGCUGGGAGGCUGAACAGUGAUUCUGAACGUUGAUCUUGGAUGCUAGUGGUUUUGUGUGGUGGGUCUAGGACACAAUAUUGCUGGCAGUUUGAAUCACGAUGAACCCGUGGCUGCUUUGUUCGAGCCUUUAGUAGCUGCCGACGGUGUCACCGACUUCAUUGCUCAGUCCAGGUCCUGCAGAGUGCCACACUUGGCUGUGCCACUCUGCUGUUCACCCCUCUCUCUCACACUCUUUUAAGCCCAUGAAGGUGGGGCGGGCCUUCACUUGCGAGAGUCUCCAUUUCAGCAAAUGCACCACCCUUUGCAAGUCGUAGACCUGCAAAAUGAUAUUCGCCUUUUAUGCCACGCCGGGUCGGAGUUCAGGAGAACUGCGUGUCAAAAUACUGAGCUCCUACUAGAGAUGAUUUUUCCGCCUUGAACAUCGCGUUUCCACCCCACUGACCCCCGUCUUUGGCGUGUGAUUUGUGCUUCCACCACCUGCAGGAUUCAUGCACCGCCACCACAGCAUCAAUGGGGAUUAUGACUCUAGAGUCCAAAAAGUCCCACCUUGAAUUCCCUUUGCAUUUUGCCCCACUGGUCCUCUUCUGCUGGAGACUAUGACUCUCAGGAGACAUGAAGCAGGGUGUGGUACAGCGUGGUGCCACUGUGGACACUGACCGUUUCGAUGGUUCUGCCUGCUCCCUCGGCGGCUCAGGAACUGGGGGGCGUCGGCCUGAUGCUGCCAGAGCUUGGCUGACCAGGUUCUACUGUAUCUGCUGUAUCUUCUCCCGCAGAUAUUCACCCUGUUCUCCCUCCAUUGGUCAGUCCCGAACAGGUCUACUGGAGGUCACAUCAGCUUCGCCCUCAGUGGAGCUCGUGCCCAUUCCUGACAUCCUCAUCUUCAUCUUCUUCAAUAGGGAGGGAUGACUCAAGCCAGUAUUGACUGAUGGUUGGUUUCUCUGGUGAGCACCAUGAUGACUAGGUGGGAUUUUGCAGAGGGGCUGAAGAAGCUCCUGAAGAAGCUGAUAUUCUUCUCAUGGGGUUGGUUGGGAAGGGACAGGGGUGGGAGGACCUUGGGCGAGUCACCUAACUAAAGAGAAGCUUGGUAUGGAGUAAGAGUUGAGUUGUUAAGUUUGAAAGUGAUGGAGCUGAAGAGCUCCAUUGUCCAGGCCACAGUUGUGGGUCCACCAUCAGCACUGUAAGCACACGGAAUAUUCUUUUCACUUGGAGGAGCUCUCACUUUGAUACUAAGGGAAAUGCAUGCCAUUGUCUUUGUCACACCCCCACAACUGAGGUCUGGCUCACCCGUAACCCCGACCAUAACAGGAACCAGAUGCUUCCUAUCAUCUGACACAGUGAGCGCAUUAGUUCGCAUCAUAACACAAACUGACAAACAUUUUACAAGUCAGAUCCGAGCAGGUUCAAAGCAAUAUGGACAUGUUAGAAUCCAUAUGAAGAAUAUCUUCUUUUUGAGUUUUUUUGGCCCAGAAUUAUGACCACCUGCCGUCCUUCACUGGCCGCUGGUCGACAGUGGUCUGCAGCGAUCGGUCGGGGCCCACAGACGCAGCUUGGUGAAGAAGGGUUCAGGUGCCUGAUGCCUGCCGUCAGACCUAUGAGCAAUGAACAGCUGCAGGGGUCAGUAGGUUCUGGUGGUGGAUCAAUGUAAAAUAAUCGGAGUAAAAAAAACGUGUUUUGUGAUUCUAAUAUCAGGACAGAAUUUCAGGUUUGAAAUUCUUUGUGUAUUUUUGGAAUUGAUAGUAGAAGUGAGUCUCUUCAGUUGCAUUGGGCUUUCAAGAACUUUUACUGGAAACGUCUCGAUGUAUGCGUCUUUAAUGUCUCCUGGACUGCUGAGGAGGUCCUGGCCUCCGAUGGCAGGAUGAAUUCAUGUGGAGUAUUUACACUAAAUAAAUGUGAAGCCAUCAGAUAUAGUCCUAUAACCACCUGGCUGACAAUUUAAACUGUAUUAUUAAACCAGAAUUAGAUUUUAGAACUGAAAACUAUACAAGCUUCUCUUAUGUUUGUCGAACAUCAUCGUCGCGACGUCACUGAGCUGCAUCCAAACUGGGAUCUUCCUGCUCCAGAUCAUCAGAUAUGAGUGACUUUCUAAAGUGCCUCUUUUGUAUUUCCUGGCUUCUGUUCGUGGGCAGCGGUUUUGUACCAACAUGCUCCUCAGUUUGCUGUAGAACUAGCAGGGAUGUGUGAGUCGGAUAUAUCUAAUACUUGAAUACACCUGUGUUAUUAAAUAUCAUGUGACUGAGCCACCACUGAGCCACGAGUCUGCCUUUUAUUUUACUGAACCCUGAACCAAGAUUUGACUCCGGGCGGGACGGUCCUCAGCGUGUUCAGCCCUGGUGUGUGUGGUUCUUGCGUGUAUUUCAAACACCAGUCCAAGACACUGCACAGACUUUUGUUGCGCAGCAACUUCCUAAAAAAUAUUUUUCUCUGUUUUUUUUUCAUAAAUCUUCAAUUCCACUUUUUUCCCCCGACAAUCUGCACUUGUUCAAACGAGCUGAAAACACUAUGAAUAUGAAUGUGUGACUUAAAGGGUUAAAGUCAACCAAGUCAUAAUCAGAAGAACAACCGUUAAAAUUUUGUGUUUAACAAAUACAUUUCAGUACAAUUUCGUCUUCUUAUACGACCAUAAAUAACAUGCAGACUAGUGCGAGACUCGACCGUCAAAAAUUGAAACGGCGUCAUCUUGUGACGUAACCGGAGGAACCGACUCUGUAAAGACACGCAGAGCACGUUCAGCCAAGAUUUGAGCGAUUUGUCAACUUUCUUGAGGAAAAAGAGCAGAUUCCUGUACACACUUUUUUUUUUAUUCAAACCAUGUCGUUUUGGAAGCGAUGAGUCCUGUCAGAGGAUGAAGGAUGUGAUUCUGUUGAGCGA